AUGACGACCCUGGCCCGCUACGUCGCAGCCCUGCGCAAUUGCGGGCUGCGCUCCAGCGACCGCGUGGCGGUGGCGCUGAGCGGCGGCCCCGACAGCCUGGCGCUGGCCUCCAUGACCGUGUGGUGGCAGGGAUUUGUGCGGAACCAGGUGCUGCGCAGGGACCGGUUGCGGUCGCAGCAAACCCCGCUGGCCCUGAUAGUCGACCACAAGCUCCGUCCAGAGAGCACGGAGGAGGCACACGCGGUGGCAGCCCAGGCAGAAGGGCUGGGCAUGCAGACGCGGGUGCUUGCCCUGGGCUGGCCGCCUGGCGAGGUGGCACAGGGCGACAGGAUGGUGGCGGCGCGGGAGGCGCGCUAUGCAGCGCUGCUGCGGGCCUGCGGCGAGAUGGGGCGCACCCACCUGCUGCUGGCCCACCACGCCGACGACCAGGCGGAGACCUUCCUGCUGCGCCUGCUGCACGCCAGCGGCGUGGUGGGCCUGGCCUGCAUGCCGGCCGUGGCCGAGAAGCGCACAGAGUUUGGGCGCAUCAAGGUGGUGCGCCCGCUGCUGGGCUUCCACAAGGCUGAGCUGGAGGCGUACUGCCAGCGCAGCCGGCUGCCGUACAUCGUGGACCCAACCAACUCUGAGCUGUCCUACCACCGCAACCGCAUCCGCCACGUGCUGCGCCAGAUGCCCUCCCUGGCGGACCGCAGCGGCGGCGACAAUGCCACCGGCAGCAGCGGCGGCGGCAGCAGCAGCGGCGGCAGUGAGAGGCUGGCGGGAACCGGGGCAGGCAGGCCUGCCGCGCCUGCCACCAUCUGGCAAGAGGAGAUAGAGGUGCCUGAGCGUGGCUCUGGAUCCAGCAGCAGCAGCGACAGCAGCGGGACCGGCACCGGCGGCAGCGACGGCCAGUCCAUUGUCGAAGACCUGCUGCUGCUGCAGCGGCGCUGCCAGGCUGCCGGGCAGCGGCAGCAAAUGCUGAGCGAUCAGGUGCUGCAAUGGGCGGUGCUGCGCACCUCGUGCCCAGACCUGCCCACGCGGCCGCGGGAGGAGCAGCAGGCGGGGCAGCCGCUGCUGGUGAGGCCGGGCAGGGAGAUGUCGGAGGCGCAGCUGGAGGCAUGGCGCCGGCGGCAGCAGCGGCGGCAGGCAGAGUCGGCGGUGCGGCACGCGUGGAGGUCGCAGCAGCCCUGGUUCAUCGACUGGGAUGCGAGGCUGACUCUGGUGGCGCGCGCGCUGCGGUCGGUGCCCUUUGCCCUGCUCAGCGCCCCCUGCUUCUUUGAGGGGCAGGUGCAGGAGCAGGUGGCGCUGGGCGCGCUGGGGCGCGUGCUGCAAGCUGUGUCAGGCCGCAAGUACCCGCCGCCGCUGGUGCACACCACCCGGCUGCGCCAGAUGCUGCUGGACGGGCGCAUGGAAGCCGUCUUCACCGGCGGCGGCUGCCUGGUGCGCCGCCUGCCGCGCAGCAAGGGGCGCAACCUGCUGUGCACGCCGCACGACCAGCACCUGCGGGCAGAGGAGCUGCUGGCGCGCCUGCCGCCGAUCAACGAGUACGAGGCGGCGCGGCAGCAGAAGAAGCGGGAGGCGGCGGCGGCGGCGAAAGCGGCAGCGAAAGCGGCGGCAGCGACAGAGGCUGAAGCCCGGACACUGGUGCAGGAGGAGGAGGAAGGAGGCAGCGAGGCUCUGCAAAACUCAUAG